AUGAAAAGAAAAACAAGAUCGUCUUCAAAUCCAUUUUGCACCUAUUGUCGCCAACCUACAGAUAGGUAUGAAUUUAAAAACGAAGGCUGCUUUAGCAAAUCCGUAGAAGAGACCAGAGCAAUAAUUCAUUUGGGGCAUCUACUACAUGUGGAUUUGGAAGAUUUGCCAUCUUUUAAGAUUAGCAACUUUACGAUUUACGAUCAAAAUGGCCAUUAUUGCACUUUUGAUGAGGGUCUUAUUGAAAGAGGUGUCAAACUUUUUGCUUCAGGGUUCAUUAAAAAUAUUCAGGAUAAUGAUCCUAGCACAAACACAGGUGUACCUUCACAUGAUAUUGGACCCAUAGAUGAAUGGUUCACAGCUGGUUUUGAUGGUGGUGCAAAUAUUUUAGUUGGAUUUCAAACAAAAAUAGCAGGGUAUUAUUUGAUGAAGCCCAAUUAUAGAUAUAAAGAUCCUUACAGUCCUUUUUUUAAAAAAGUUGAACUAAGCAAGGUAAUUCUGGAUUACUUAAUAAUAAAGGAGUGGGAGAACCCUUCUUACAAGCUUCUUAUGCAACACCUUGCACUUAAUCACUGUGUGGAAGAGGAUUAUGUAUUAAAAAAUGCACAUUUUGUUAUAAAUCAGAUAAAAGAAUAUGACAAGUCCUCAAGAACUGAAGAUCAAAUGUUGAUUUCUCUUGCUUGUGUCAGAAGGCUAAUAUGGUUGUCGAAAUAUUCAAUCAGGAAAAUACCUAGACUAAAAUAUGGAUAUAAACCUCCAGAUAAUAUUCAUAAAAAGACAUUUAACGCAACAACAACAAAGCUGGUUUAUAAUUUGUUUGAAAAAUUAUUUAAAAAUAUAAAACUCAAGGAUAAAAAUGAAUCAUGUGGAGUUUGUAGAAGGUGUCAACGUAUAGAUUGUGGUGAAUGUAAAAAUUGCAAGACUAUGAAAAAGUUUGGAGGCACGGGAAAAGAAAAUGUGAGAUGUAAAAGAAAAAUAUGUAUGGCAGUCGUUAUUUCUGAUAGUAGUGAUAGUUCCUCAUCAUCAGAUGAUUCUUUUACUAGUACUGACCCAGACUACUAUUACAGAAAACCCAAUUUAUUUUCUUACAAAAUUAUUCACAAAGUUGAAUUUUUAGAACCACCUUUAAUCCAUAAAAAUAAAUCGUAUUAUUCUGCUGUACAAGUUGGUACAAUGAUUAUUGAACAGGGUUCAUUUGUUGUAUUAAAUUCUGAAAAGGUAAAUGAGGCUCAGUUAAUCUGCAGAGUGGAGUAUAUUUUUAGAGGUGAAUCCGAUAUGUUUCAUGCUCAAUUAUUUGGAAGAGGUUUUGAGACUGUUCUUGGUGAAACCGCAGACCCUAGAGAACUUUUUGUAUUUGAUAAAUGUUUUGAUGUCCCUUUAGGUGCCAUUGUAUCAUUAACUAAUGUUUCAUAUCAAAAAGCCCAUUUAAAUUGGAGUGAUAUUGGAGGUUUAUACAGUGAGCCUACAAAAUCCUAUUGUAGUAGUUCAUUUUAUUUCUCAAAGAAAUAUGCCCAUGAAUUCUGUACCUUUUCUGAUUAUAAAUACAGUCCUACAGAUGAUGUGUUGGGAGAUUGCAGUUCUUGUAGAUACAACAAGGCAGUUGAUAUAAAAAACACAAUGAACUUUAAAAAUGGAACAGUUACUUGGUUUAAUGAUGAAUAUAAAAUAGGCACUUUUGUUCUGUAUGUGCCAGAAGAAAAGCAAAAAUCUUGCUUUGAAACGCGUUUAAUAAAAAAAGAAUGCAGAUAUAAAGAGUUUCAAAGUGAAUAUUACAGAAAAACAAACCGUUUAAAAGGAUCAAACAGUGACACUGAAGCUACAUUGGCCAUUGGCUACAUUAAAAAUAUUGUGAAAACAGAAUCCAAUCAAAUUAUUUUGACCAUACACAAAUUUAUGCGAACUGAUUCUAUUUCCAGGGAAGUUGCCUAUUUACAAGAUUGGUAUCAUAUAUACAUAACAGACGAAAUUUCGGAAAUCAAUUUUAUGCAAGUGUAUAAUAAGUGCUAUGUAGUUUACAGUGAGUCAGCCCAAAAAUGGUGCUCAAAAGGGGACAAUAGAUUUUAUUAUUCUAAAAUGUAUUCUCCAUCCACGUCAGAUUUUAUGGAAAUACCCAACAAUUUUGUCAUAUUAGAAAGUUCAGAGUAUUCUCCAAAACACCCAAAAAUUGAAGAAAAGCUAAAUUGUUUGGACCUAUUUUCUGGAGCUGGGGGACUAAGUUUGGGUUUGAGCCAGGCCGGGCUAAUAAAUACCAAAUGGGCAGUUGAGAAAGAUCCAAACGCCUGUCAUGCAUUCCAAUUAAACAACCCUGGUUGUACAACCUUUAAUAAUGAUAGCAAUUACAUACUGUCCAAAGCAAUGACUGCAAAUAGAGAAAAACUUGGAAUUCCAGACAAAAAAGUAGUUGAUAUUAUUAUUGGAGGCCCUCCUUGCCAGGGCUUUUGUUCCAUGAAUAGGUUUAACCAAAGAAUGUACUCAAAAUUAAAGAACUCCCUAGUGGUAAAUCUACUAAGCUAUGUAGAUUAUUAUAGACCAAAAUAUUUUGUUUUUGAAAAUGUGAUGAGUUUUACCUCUUACAUGAGAGGCAUUGUUUUAAAGUUGUUUUUGAAAUGUCUCUUGGAUAUGGAUUAUCAGGUUACUUGUGGUGUUCUUCAAGCAGGUCAUUAUGGUGUCCCACAAAAUAGAAAAAGGUUCAUUCUUAUUGCAGCCGCCCCUGGUUAUAAAUUACCUAAACUGCCAGUACCAAGGCAUGUAUUUGAUAAGAGGGCUACACAUCUUUCCUUUAAUGUCGAUAACGUUAGAUACCAAAAUAUUUUCCAAACUCUUUCCUCUGCACCUUACCGUACUAUAACAGUUUAUGACGCAAUAGGAGAUAUACCGCCUAUGGAACAAAUAAAUUUCUAUAAAAACUUAGAUUACAAACCUAUAACGGAAUAUCAAAGAAGAAUGAGACUAAAUUCGACAUUACUGCCCAAUAAUCACUUAACCAGGGAUUCGAUGACUCCUUUAACAAAGACCAGAAUAGCAUUUGUUCCCAAAAUACCUGGUUCUGAUUGGAGAGAUCUUCCAAAUAUUUCUUUAAAUUUAAAAGGUGGUAAGCGAACAAACGUUUUAAAAUAUCCAUAUAGGUAUGAAACACAAAAUGAUGGUGAACCAAAUCGGUCAGUUUGUAAAUGCUCAGAAUCUAAAAAAUGCGAUAUUAAAGACAGACAGGAAAAUACAAUAAUUCCUUGGAGUUGUGUACAUACGGCUAGUAAGCAUAAUAAUUGGACUGGUGUUUAUGGAAGAUUAGAAUGGGAUGGAUAUUUCAGUACCACUUUAACUAAGCCUGAACCUAGUUCUAAACAGGGUAGAGUUUCCAGGCCGAGCAUGACGCGCAGCUUUCGUCAAGGUCAACCGCCUUUAGAAAAUAAUCGAGCUCUAAAAGUUCGAAUUAGGGAAGAUUCUUGUUUACAUGCAGUUCGUACUCCUUGUGUAGGCUCCAUGCCAAAAACGCUCAAACAGGUAAAUAAACUAAGAAGAUUAUAUUCAGGAGCUUCAACUCCAUAG